UUGGCAUCUACAAGUACCCUUCCAACAUCCUCAACUGUAGCACCAACAUCAUCACCUGAAGCAGAAACUACAACUAUGUAUGACAUCACAACAACUGUUGCUUUGGCAUCCACAAGUAACCCUACAACAUCCUUACCUGUAGCACCAACAUCAUCAACUGAUGCAGCAACUACAACUAUCACCAACAUCAUCAACUGA